CUGCACAGUUCUGUGAUCAAAAGCUGCCAUGUUUUUCUUUUUAUAAUUGUUUCACAAAACGGCAAGGCUCAUGUGAUGCUGCCCCUCCCUGCUUGGAGGCAGCUGAGCUGUCGAAACCUAGUCCGGUGGCACAGCCGCCGCUAGCGUAACAACUUUUGGAGCCUGUUGGUGAGGUGAAUCAAACCACAAAACCCACGAGAAAAGGUCAGCACAAGCUGAAGUCGUCACAGAAGGACAAGGUUCGCCAGUUUAUGUCCUUUACUCAGGCUGGGGAGAAGACAGCUGUGUACUGCCUGACGCAGAAUGACUGGAAACUAGAAGUGGCAACAGACAACUACUUCCAGAACCCAGACCUCUACUAUAAAGAAUCCAUGAAAACCUCAGUGGACAGGAAGAAGCUUGAACAGCUCUACAAUCGCUACAAAGAUCCCCAGGAUGAAAACAAGAUUGGGAUCGAUGGUAUACAGCAGUUCUGCGAUGACCUCAACUUAGACCCAGCCAGUAUAAGCGUCCUGGUUGUGGCAUGGAAAUUCCGCGCUGCCACGCAGUGCGAAUUUUCGAAGAAGGAGUUCCUUGAUGGCAUGACGGAGCUAGGGUGUGAUAGUCCAGAGAAGCUGAAGUCUCUGUUGCCCAGAUUAGAGCAGGAGCUCAAAGACAGCGGAAAAUUCAAGGACUUCUAUCAAUUUACCUUCAAUUUUGCCAAGAACCCUGGACAAAAGGGUUUAGAUUUAGAGAUGGCUGUGGCCUACUGGAAUCUGGUACUGACAGGCCGGUUCAAGUUUUUGGAUCUCUGGAAUAGGUUUUUAUUGGAGCACCACAAACGAUCCAUCCCAAAAGAUACAUGGAAUCUGCUUCUGGAUUUUGGCAACAUGAUUGCUGAUGACAUGUCAAACUAUGAUGAGGAGGGGGCUUGGCCUGUCCUGAUAGACGACUUUGUGGAAUUUGCCCGGCCAAUCGUAACAGGAACCAAGCGCAAGACUGUAUAAUCAUAACCCUGCUCUUCCAGAGGAGUGGGGUCUUGUUUUGCAUUGACUUUGUAGUUUUUUUAAAGACUUGUACAAACAUAUAAAAACAUAGAAAAAAGAAAAGCAGAGAAACACUUGAAGUCAGCAAGAGAAUCCAGUAAAAGCAAGAAACACACAGUACGAAGACCACCUGUCAAGGAAGUGCUGCUGAUGAAGACAUGGAAAGAAGGGGGAGGCACCAAGGAAACAAUACAAGAUUUGCUUUUGGAGUCGCCAUGUGCACAUUGCCAGCUGUUGGCACAGGCAAGCUAAUUCUAACCUCAGGCUCUUGAAGACGCCAUGGGGACCAUUAUAUAUAAUCUGGACCCCUCUGCGCCCUCCCUUGACCGCUAGCUGUGUAACACCUUGGGAGAGGAUGCCCUCUAUUCCUUCACCAUGACCACCCUUAAGAGUUGUGGGUGAGAGAAAGCAAGCGAGAGUGAGCAAAAUCUCAGAGCACUCUGCUGUGUUGUGGGCUAAAGACUUUUAUUUUGGUUUUUAUUCAAGUAUUUCCUGCAGGGCUUGGGAUGGUCGCACUAAACAGAUCCACUUUCUGAGCCAGAGUCCUGGGUUCUGAGCAGCAUGCAGCUUGGCUCAACUCACCAGCACAAACACUAUUGUUACAGUUGUAAUAUACUGUAUCUACUGUAGCAGUAUGUACAGAGAGAAUUAUAUAAAUAAAUCAUAUUAAAACUAUAUAAAAACAAAGCUAGGGAGAGCAAACAAAAGGUGUUUUGCGUACAGUGUGUCAACUCGUUAUCUGAUGCCUCAAUAUCGUUUUAUUUCAGGUCAACCGUGUGACCAUAUCAUCUGUUCUUUUGUUUUCUUUUUUUGGGUUGUAGAAGUUGGUGUGACUAUGUGCAGUUAUGUGUUUCUCAUCAACUUUGUUCACUUUGUUUUUUGUCAGAUUUAUGUAAACAAAUAAAUUAUAGCUCUUUAAGUAAAAA